CGUGUGUGUGUGUGUGAUGGUGGGGAUGUAUUAGAAUUAAAUCAUAGAAAGAAAAAAAGUGAUUGAUAAUUAUGAAGUAGAAAGGACUAGUGGAAGAAUAAGAACAAUAUUCUCAAUAAGAAUAACAAGAACAAGAGAAGAAGAAGAAGAAGAAGUAGAGAAGGAAAGGGGUCUUUGGCUUGUUUGUUUUCUUCUCUUCAUGCCUUGAGUGCAACUUGUUGAGCUUUUAGAUAUAAUUUUCUUUUGGUGAUUUCUUUGUUUUUUGUAUUUUCAUGAUUUUGUUGGAAUUUGGAAGUUUUCAGGUUACUACAGUGGAGUUAGAUCAAUACCCACCAGUUAGAAUUUCCAUUUUUUGGAUUCUGAGGGAGGGUAGGGACUAGAGAGGAAGUUGAGAUUUCAUGUGUAGUAGUGGAAAUUUUGGCUGAUUUUUCAGUUUUUUAGGUUGGUGAGAAGAACAAGAAGUAGAACAAGGAAGAAAAGGGAAAGAGAGUUGUUGAUCGAAGAUGGCUGCAGCUUCAUCGUCGGCGGCGUCGGCGGCGGCAUCUUUCUUUGGAAUCAGAGAAGAAGAUCAAAACGAAAUAAAACUGCAACAACAGUCCUUGACACCCACUUCAUCAACUGCUCCAACCACAGCACCUCAGAAGAAAAAGAGAAAUCUGCCAGGAACACCAAAUCCAGAUGCAGAGGUGAUUGCACUAUCUCCCAAGACUCUAAUGGCCACAAACCGAUUCAUUUGUGAGGUAUGCAACAAAGGGUUUCAAAGGGAGCAAAACUUACAGCUCCACAGAAGAGGACAUAACCUUCCUUGGAAGCUUAAGCAAAAGACAACAAAAGAGGUGAAGAGAAGGGUUUAUUUGUGUCCUGAGCCCACUUGUGUCCAUCAUGACCCUUCAAGAGCUCUUGGAGACCUCACAGGUAUUAAGAAACAUUUCUGUAGAAAACAUGGAGAGAAGAAAUGGAAGUGUGAUAAGUGUUCAAAGAGAUAUGCAGUUCAGUCUGAUUGGAAAGCCCAUUCCAAAACCUGUGGCACUAGAGAAUACAGAUGUGAUUGUGGAACUCUCUUCUCAAGGGUUUGUUCUCUUCUGGGUGGGCUAGAUGUGACCUGGCUCAGCUCUUGCAGACGUGAUAGUUUCAUCACCCACAGGGCCUUCUGUGAUGCACUAGCUCAAGAGAGUGCAAGGCUACCCACUGGGUUAAACACAAUGGGAAGCCAUUUAUAUGGAAAUAGCAGCAUGGGUUUAGGUCUAUCUCAAGUGGGUUCACAGAUAUCCUCAUUACAAGAUCAAAACCACCACAGGUCAAGUGAUUUAAUGCGAAUUGGCGGUGCCGGAGGAGCACAAUUUAAUCAUCUCAUUUCACAAUCGAAUCCGUCUUCAUCGUUCCGGUCACCUCAACAAACCCAUUCAUCUGCCUUCUUCCUACCAGGAGCUUCAAAUCAAGAGUACCAUGAAGAGCCCCACCAUGGACUAUUACAAAACAAGACCUUCCAUGGACUAAUGCAACUUCCUGAACUUCAAAGCAGUACAAGUAAUUCAUCUUCUUCUGCAGCUGCAGCUGCUGCCAAUCUCUUCAAUCUCAGCUUUUUUUCCAAUAGCAGCACCAGUAGCAGCAUCAAUAAUAGCAACAAUAUCAACAAUAACAACAGUCAAUUGUCCUCUUCUGGGUUACUAAUUCCUGAACAGUUCAAUGGAAAUGCUGGUGGAGAAGGAAAUUCCCUCUUUUCUUCUAACCUAAUGGGUGAUCACAUUGGGUCAAGUGUCUCUUCUCUUUACAACUCAGUACAAAAUGAAGUUGUUAUUCCUCAAAUGUCUGCAACAGCUUUGCUUCAAAAAGCUGCUCAAAUGGGUUCAACAGCAAGCAGUGGAAGUGGUUCUUUGGUUAGAGGUUUUGGCAGUUCUUCAUCAAGUGGUCCUAAAUCUGACAGGUCUCAAUUGACUGCUAAUUUUAGGGCUAAUUUUGGAGGUGGUGGGGGUGAAACAUUAAGGUCACAGAUAGAAAAUGAAAAUCAUCUCCAAGACCUAAUGAAUUCUCUAGCCAACGGUGGCUCCUCCAUUUUUGGACAUGAACAAGAGACCAACUUUGGUGGAUUCAAUACAAACAGAAUGUCAUUGGAACAACACCACCAUCAGAAUACCAAUUUUGGAAACAUGGAAGAACCCAAGUUGCAUCAAAAUCUUACAGUGAGUCUUGGAGGAUCUGAUAGGUUAACCAGAGACUUCUUAGGUGUUGGAGGAAUGGUAAGGAGCAUGGGAGGUGGGUUAUCACAAAGAGAACAACAUGGUAUUGAUAUCAGUUCCCUGGAUCCAGAAAUGAAGUCGGCUUCUGAUCGAUCCUUCGGAGGUGGCGCUAAUCAUCUUCAGUAAAGAUGAUCUUGGCAGAUAGAAAAAAAAAUUUAGGUAAGUGACUGAAAAACCCAGUCAAUUUGCUUUGGGGAAGGGGGGAAACUG